CCGGCGGAGGAUGGUCCCGGCGCUGGGGCCGCCGCGCAGCGCGCCCGGCCCGACCGCUCUCUUCUCCGAAACAAUGCCAGAGAUGACAGAGAAUGAGACACCUACUAAGAAGCAGCAUCGAAAGAAAAACCGGGAGACACAUAAUGCAGUGGAGAGACAUCGAAAGAAGAAGAUUAAUGCUGGGAUAAACAGAAUUGGAGAACUCAUUCCCUGCUCUCCAGCACUUAAGCAGAGCAAGAACAUGAUCCUGGAUCAGGCCUUUAAGUACAUAACAGAAAUGAAAAGACAGAAUGAUGAACUUCUGUUAAAUGGAGGGAACAAUGAGCAGGCUGAAGAGAUAAAAAAACUCCGGAAACAGCUGGAUGAACUGCAAAAGGAAAACGGGAGAUACAUCGAACUACUGAAAGCAAAUGAUAUUUGCUUAUAUGAUGACCCUACAAUCCACUGGAAAGGAAACCUCAAAAACGCCAAGGUCUCAGUUGUUAUUCCCAGUGAUCAGGUUCAAAAGAACAUCAUUGUCUAUUCAAAUGGGACUCAGCCCAAUGGAAAUAACCAGGGAGCGUCUGUGCAGGGAAUAACGUUUAAUGUUGGUCAUAAUUUACAAAAGCAAACAGCCAAUGUUGUGCCAGUUCAGAGAACUUGCAAUCUAGUGACUCCUGUGACAAUUGCCGGUAUUUACCCCACAGAAAAUAAGCCAUGGUCACAGCCUACAGUUUCUCCACUGGCAUCCGCUCAGACAGCUCCAGCAGGGAAUGUUCUUGAGCUCUCCACCCCGGACAACGAGCGAGGUGUGCCCACCGCUGCUCCUGCCAGCUCACAGAGCACACCUCGACCUACAGCAGAACAGGAACUACAGUGUUCUUCAAGUAAUGCACCACAGAAUGAGCAAAAUCCCCCCAAAAGUAAAAGUGAUGAGGAGGGCACUAAAUCAACAAAGAAAACGCUCCCACAGGGAACCAGCCUUCCUUCCAGUACCUCUGUGGAAGCCUCCCAAGGUCAGCAGGUGAAUGCAACUUGCUCAAAUACACACAAUUCCAGGAGUGACCUCCAGGAGAACUGUGCAGUUUCAAGCACGCACACAGCUUGUGUGCCACCUGUGAGGCUGUCUACUACAGAGAGCUGCUCUUCUGCAAAUGUCCCCAAAAGUAUGGACGUGGUCAGCAGUGCUGGCAUGCCUGUGACAUCUGCAGCAGAAGGAGUUAAGGCUGUGACAGCAAUAAGCACUCUGGCUGCCAGUCCCCUGGAGAGCUGCUGGUCUUUUUCAGGCUCUUCAGGUGUUGUCACUUCAGACUUGAAAAACAUGAGUAGCCUUACCCGGAUGCCUUCAGCUGGGAACACGCAGACCACAUGGACAACCUUGCAGCUGGCAGGAAACACUGUUCAGCCGCUGAGCCAGACACCAUCUGGGAUAAUGACUGCCCUCCUCAACGAGCCAGUCAAUGGUGCUGGGACUGUGUCUUCUGCCCACAGCAGGCCUUUGACUACAAGUAUCAGUUUGCAUGCUUCUCUGCCUGGGGAUGGCCAGGCAGCUGAACAGAUUGUAGUUACCUUGCCCUCGUGCCCACCUGUACCUAUACAGCCUUUAAUCGGCCAGCCACAGGUUAAAGCUCAGGCUGCAGGAAGCAUCCUUCCAUUAAACUCAGCUAUGCAGGUGAUUCAGAUGGCUCAGCCAGUUGCCUCAGCUGUGACAGGAGCACCAGCUAACCAGAAUGUCAUCAUUCUCCAGCCUCCAAACCCUGCUCCAUGCCCGCCCAUUGUGAGAGCGGAAGUUCCCAGCCAAAAUGUUAGUCAGCAAAUUGUCAUUAUACAAGCUGCAAAUCAAAAUCCUCUUCCCCUCCUCUCUGCUCAGCCUUCUGCUUCUGUAAGACUUCCUGUGAAUGGGCCGACUGCAGUUGCCAACUCCAGUGGCACCAUGCAAAAUGCCUCUCUUCCACAGACUUUUGGAGGGAAACACCUUGUCCAUAUAUUACCAAGGCCAUCUUCUUUGCCAUCUUCUAGCUCUACGCAGACAUUUUCAGUGACAAUGUCCAACCAACAGCACCCUCACACUAUCUCAUUAAAUGGGCAGCUUUUUGCAUUGCAGCCUGUGAUGUCUUCAUCUGGAGCUUCAAACCAAGCCCCUAUGCAAAUUAUUCAGCCCACCACCAGUGAAGAUCCAAAUACCAAUGUUGCCCUCAAUACAUUUGGUGCUUUAGCUAACCUCAAUCAAAGCAUAUCGCAAAUGGCUGGACAGAGCUGCUUGCACUUGUCUCUCAGCCACCCCACCAAUCCUGCAACUGUCAAUAACCAGAUUGCCACAGUCAACUGUGUGUCAUUGCCAACUUCUGUGGCAUCUUCAGUGCCUGCAGAGGUUUCGGUAUUAACCAGUGCAUCUAACUCCAUAAAUGCUUCCCCGCAAAAAGCAGCUGCUGGUUUGCCAUCCAGUGCAAAAUCAAAAAGGACAAACAAAAAGCCAAGCACAAAGAAACACCAAACAGUCAAUAAUAAAGUGUCCUGUCCAGCAGUUCCUUGCAAAGAUGCUGGGAAGGUGGACUGUGCUUCUGUGGAAACAGUGGCAAAGUCCUCAAGUGGUAAAGGGCUGCCGGAAAACGCCUCAGCAGUGUCACAGGCUGUAACCACACCGCAGGCAGGCGGCGCAGCUGCAUCGAGCGGCGUCAGCAUUUCUGACUCUCCUUCCAAAGAGAUUGCGAGCUCCGAACAGGCAGUGAAAACCCCCUCUGCUCCAGAGCCGAGCACGGCAGAGGUGCCUGCUUCCUCACCGCUGGAGUCUGUAGUGUCAGAGCAGCUGCUGCUCGCUCCCCCACCGGCCAAAGAUGCUGCUCCUUGCCAGCAGGCCCAGGGAUCUCAGAGUCACCCACCAACUGCCUCUGUCCCAUCAGAGUCUCCCAAACCCUGCGAACCCCCCAACACCUUAACAUCCUCUGGUAAAGAAGCACAGGUUACACACUUGCAGGUUGCAAAUGGGACUUCAGCAGCACAGAGCAACACAGCAGGUCAUACUUCCAAGGCAGGAAUGAUUUCGGAGUCCUGCAAUGUUGCGCACGAUUCCUCAGUGGUAAUGCAAGAUGCGGACUUGUUAGAAGGACAGGGUCUAACCAAAAUGCUGUCUGAUCUCGCAAAAGAAAGAACAGCUGUGGAAAAAACCUCUUCAUUUACUGUUCAGGGGGAGCAUUCUAAUUUUCCUAUGGAAAACUCUAAAUCAGCAGAAUCAAAUGAUUUGCCUGAGAAGCAGGAACUCUUGCUGAUGAACACGGAAAGUGACACUCUCUCCCAGCCUCACUCCUGCAUCUCUGAUCAGGAAGUAGUCAGUGCUUCCCUUAUUACGAGCAGGCAGGCAGACUCCCCCAUGUCAACCAGCUCUGGCAGCAGUCGAGGCUUCUCAGUUGCAUCUAUGUUGCCAGAUACCACCAGAGAAGAUGUCACAAGCAGCACCUCUACCAGUACCUGUAACAGCUGCACAUUUUCAGAACAGACUGACAUCGUAGCUCUUGCAGCGAGAGCUAUUUUUGACCAGGAAAGCCUUGAGAAAGGUGGAGGGGGAAUACAGGUUAACACGAGGGAUGUCAUCUCUAAGUCUGAGGUUGCACCUUUGGAGAGAGAGCAACAGCCUUUUAAACCUCAGUCAGUGAAAGAAAACAAUGCGGGGCCGCUGGAAGCAGCACCUAACAAAUUCAGUGCUCAUGAAACAGUACAGACAAAUGUCGACAGGCAGGUUGAGAAGCCAAGCUGCUCUGUAGGAAGUGUGGAAACAUCAAACACUCCUUUGCAGAUUUCCACUUCCCAGACACCCAGCAUAACCAGUCUAAGUGUGAAUAAUCUGAUACACCAGAGCCGCAUUGUCCAUCCCCUGGUGAGUUGCUCAGGUUUAUCCCAGUCUUCAGAGCCUGCAAGCAUCCCUGCAACUGUGAGCCUCUCCCUUCCAUCUAGUACCUACAUCAAUCCGUCUCCGGGACCUGCUCUGAUGAGUGAAUAUGCUCAGGAACAACUGAAUGCUAUCAGGGCAAGCACCAUGCAGGCUCCCCAGCUGCAGGAAUCACACUUAAAGCCGCAAAACCAUGAAGGUCGCAAAGACUCUGCUAAGAGGGCCGUUCAGGAUGACCUUCUGCUUUCUACAGCAAAGAGGCAAAAGCAGUGCCAGACAGCACCCAUAAGGCUUGAGGGGAUGGCGCUGAUGAACCGGACACCGGAGGGUAUUGCUGAUCAAACACAGAUGCUGGUUAGUCAGAUUCCUCCUAAUUCAUCCAAUUCAGUGGCACCAGUGAGCAAUCAAGGGCAUGCUGAUGGCCUCAAUAGGUUAUUCCCACCCAACAGCAAUUUCGUAACGCCGGCUUUGAGACAAACUGAAGUUCAGUGCAGUUCUCAGCCACCGCUUUCAGAGCAGCCAGGCCAGGCAGGGCAGCACUUGCAGCCAAUUCAACAUGUCCCUGCCCAAGGCAUCUCUCACCUUCACAGUAAUCACCCGUACUUGAAGCAGCAGCAGGCUGGGCAGUUAAGAGAGAGGCACCACUUGUACCAGCUGCAGCACCAUGUCACUCAUGGGGAAAACUCAGUCCACUCUCAACCCCACAGUGUCCACCAACAGCGAACGAUACAGCAGGAGGUGCAGAUGCAAAAGAAACGGAAUCUCAUCCAGGGAACACAAGCCACACAGCUUUCUCUACAGCAAAAACACCACGGAAGUGAUCAAACACGGCAGAAAGGUGGUCAGCCCCAUCCUCACCACCAACAAAUGCAGCAGCAGAUGCAGCAGCACUUUGGAGCGUCCCAGCCUGAAAAGAACUGUGAAAAUCCUGCAACAAGCAGAAACCACCAUAGCCACCCUCAGAGCCAUAUCAAUCAGGAUAUUAUGCAUCAACAGCAACAGGAUGUUGGCAGCAGACAGCAAGGUUCCACUUCAGAACACGUGUCAGGGCACAAUCAGAUGCAAAGACUUAUGACCUCAAGGGGCUUAGAGCAGCAAAUGGUGUCCCAGGCCAGUAUUGUUUCCAGACCAUCAGAUAUGACAUGCACCCCUCACAGGCAGGAAAGAAACAGAGUUUCCAGCUACUCUGCUGAGGCUCUCAUUGGGAAGACACCCUCUAAUUCCGAGCAGAGAAUAGGACUGUCUCUUCAAGGCCCUAGGGUUUCUGACCAGCUUGAAAUGAGAAGCUAUCUUGAUGUUUCUAGAAGUAAAGGGUUGGCGAUUCAUAAUAUGCAGGGCCGCCUGUCGGUCGACCACACAGUUGGCUCGGAUGUGCAGCGUCUUUCUGAUUGCCAAACAUUUAAGCCCUCUGGACCCAAUCAACAACCGACGGGCAAUUUUGACGUGCAGGCUUCAAGAAACAGUGAAAUUGGCAAUUCUGUGUCCUCGCUCCGGGGCAUGCAGUCACAAGCGUUCCGAAUCGGUCAGAAUGCUGCACCAUCCAUAGAGAGGCAGAAGAGACUGCCCUACCAGCCAGUACAGGGUAUUCCAACGGGGAAUACCCUGCCAUCGAGGGAGAAUGAAAACACAUGCCACCAAAGUUUCAUGCAGAGUUUGCUCGCCCCUCACCUUGGAGAUCAAGUCAGUGGAAGCCAAAGAUCAAUCCCAGAACAUCAAAGGAACACGCAGUGCGGUGCCUCCUCCACGAUCGAGUACAACUGUCCCCCAGCACGGGAGAGCGUCCACAUCCGAAGGGAUGGUGAUGGUCAGAGCAGGGAAAGCUGUGACAUGUCCAUUGGGGCAAUUAACACAAGGAACAGUUCGUUGACUAUUCCUUUUUCAAGUUCUUCUUCCUCAGGGGACAUUCAGGGUCGCAAUACAAGCCCAAACAUCUCUGUGCAGAAGUCCAACCCCAUGAGAAUGACGGACAGUCAUGGAACUAAGAACCACAUGAAUACACCUGUGUCCAGCAAUAUGCAUGGAGUUGUGAGGCCAACUCACCCUCACCCUGCAGUUUCUCACGGAAGCGGCGAGCAAGGGCAGCCUUCUGUUCGUCAGCCAAAUUCUUCGGUCACUCAGCGCUCGAGGCAUCCUCUGCAAGACAAUGGAGGUUCUAAAAUACGUCAGCCCGAAAGGAAUCGAUCCGGAAACCAGAGACAUGGAAAUGUCUUUGACCCUAGUCUUCCCCAUCUUCCUCUGUCCACCAGUGGCAGCAUGAUCCUUGGGCGCCAACAGUCCACGAUAGAAAAAAGAGGAAGCAUUGUCCGAUUUAUGUCUGAUGGCCCUCAAGUGUCCAAUGAUAACGUGGCCCCUGACCAACAUACGCUCUCCCAGAAUUUUGGAUUCCCUUUUAUUCCAGAGGGUGGCAUGAAUCCACCAAUAAAUGCUAACGCUUCUUUCAUCCCACCAGUCACUCAGCCUAGUGCCACUCGGACACCAGCUCUAAUCCCAGUUGAUCCUCAGAAUACACUGCCGUCCUUCUAUCCACCUUACUCUCCUGCCCACCCUACCCUCUCCAACGACAUUUCUAUCCCUUACUUUCCCAAUCAAAUGUUUCCGAACCCAAGCACGGAGAAGCCGAGCGGUGGAGGUUUAAACAAUCGAUUUGGAUCCAUUUUGUCUCCUCCCAGGCCUGUUGGUUUUGCUCAGCCAAGUUUUCCUUUGCUUCCAGAUAUGCCACCAAUGCACAUGACCAACACAUCGCACUUAUCCAAUUUUAACUUAACUUCUUUGUUUCCAGAAAUAGCCACAGCUCUUCCUCCAGAUGGCUCAGCGAUGUCACCUUUGCUUUCCAUUGCAAACACGUCUGCUUCAGAUUCUUCCAAGCAGCCCUCGAACCGCCCUGCCCACAAUAUAAGCCAUAUUUUAGGUCAUGACUGCAGCUCUGCUGUAUGAAAACUGGCAGACUGACUUCUGGUCUGAUUUGUUGUUUAUAUAUUUAAGAAGAAGGAAGCGGAUCUUACUGUCACCCUUGGAGAGACCAUUCAUAGGAUCACUGUUUAUUUGCCUCAAUGUAUGUAUAUGGUAUUUUCCAUAUUCCGUUGUGUUUCCACCCACCUUACUGACUCUAAAGCACCAGUGCCUAUAGCAAUGCUUACUUACUAGGAAACAUAAGGAUGCAACAUUGAGAGCUGUGCAAAUACUGGUUGUUGAUUUUCCAACAAUCAGGUUUGAUGUCUGGUUGUUCCAAGGUAAGGGCUGCCCUCAGUAAUACAUGGAGUGAGAGCAUCCGUAUGGAGAUAGGAAACAAGUGCUACAGGCGUCAGUUUGUUCCUGAUGUGUUUACCUGAAACUGCAGAGGAGCUUGGAAUGGUUUGGGUUUCUCUUUUUCCUUUGUAAAAUAUCUUCAGGAGCUUCAACACAAGUUAAGUCUGUGUUAACCCAGCGCUAAUUGGAAAAGGCAUUUGUUGUGCAGCUUUUGUCUGUCUCAAGCUUGUCAUGUGCAUUUAACUUAAGGCUGACUUUACCUGGUGAAAAUUACUGUGUGCUCCCAUGGUCAGCAAUUAAAAAUACUGUUUUAGAAAAUUUAGAUUUCUUUAACCCAUGACUUUCUGUUUCUAAGAAUCUUGUUUGGAUCUGUUUCAACAGUGGCUUCAGUUACUGCUGAACUCAGUCAAUGUUUCAGUGUAGCUCAUGACUCCUGGUGCAGUCAGCAGAGACAGCAGCCGUGUUUGUUGCCAUUUCAUUGCUGACUGCAGCAAGUUACCUCAGGGUGGGUUUUGUACCUUGUUUAGCACCUUCUUAAUGUUGGUUUUUUUUUACCCUCUCUACUUUUCUUUGGCCCAUGCUCUAACACCAGCUUCUUGCUUUCUGUGAGUGACAGCCCUUUGUUGUACCAAGCAGCACAUGGGAGGAGGACUAAGCCUGUCGCAUCCCACAAAAUGACUGGAAAUUCCUGGGGCCACAGUUUUUACUUGAUAUUGCUGAUAGGAUUGAGCCUGAGUUAAUAUCAGUACUCUGCACUUGAAUGCACCUUUUAUCUAAACCUGUGUGAUUGUGACUGAAGGAGGAACAUGAAUGUGUUGAAACACACAGGAAGACAUUGGGAUUUGAGGAAGGGUGAUGUGUUUGUAGAUGCAUGAGAGAUGGAGUGAAUGUGUGUGCUGGCUGAGUCUCCAAUAUUUUCACAAAUUUUGGUCCUAAUUCUUUUAAAGGAAAGGGAAGAAUUAGGUAAAUUUUAUUUAUUUAAUGUCUCUGCAGUGUGCUUUUUCUUCUUACGGGGCAGAAAUACUUGUCUUUUAUGUGUUUGGAAGUACCAUUCUGGGUUUGAUUCUACAAACAACAUAGUAACUUGAGGUUCCCUGGCAUGCAGUCAUCCUCUUUUAUCUUGCUCACCAGUGCAUCAUCUUGUUGCUCCUGGGACCUGUCAGAAGCUUCUGGUGAGGGUAUGGGCAGGAGCAGGCUCCCUGGGAUUUUUUGUUUUGUUUCUUUUUCUUUGAAAGGUGGAAAGGAAGAUAUUCCUCCAUGUCAAAGAACAGGAUCCACAAAGAGGGACCUAGAAGAGUUUUCCACAGCUUGACUGCCCAGACUUUGGUUUUGCUAAGCCCUUUUACACUGAUCCAGGAAAGCAAGGAGGUUUUAACAUGAAAAAUAAUUGGGCUGUGAAUGUAGUCUGUCCUGACAGUGUCUCUGCUCUUGUAACCUGUGGUCUGGUGUUUUCAUGCAAAGUGAUCCUGGUUGGGAAUCACAGAAUGAAUUACGUUGGAAAAAAACUUUGAGAUCAUCAAGCCCAACCUAUGACCUAACCUAACACCUCCUUAUCAACUAAGCCAUGGCACCGAGUGCCAUGUCCAGUCUUUUUAAAACAUGUGCAGGGAUGGUGACUCCACCCUCUUCCUGGGGAGACAAUUCCAUUGCCCCAUUAAUCUUUCAGUGAAUAAUUUUUUUUUUUCUGACAUCUAACCUGAACUUCCCCUGGCUCAGCUUGAGACUGUGUCCUCUCAUUCUGUCAGUUGCUGUCUGGAGAAACAGACCAAUCCUCACCUGGCUACAGCCAUCUUUCAGGAAGUUGUAGAGAGUGAUAAGGUUUCUCCUGAGUCUCCUUUUCUCCAGGCUAAACACCCCCAGCUCCCUCAGUCAUUCCUCACAGGACUUGUGUUCCAAGCCCCUCUCCAGCCUUGUUGCCCUUCUCUGGACACGCUCAAGCAUCUCAAUAUCCUUCCCAAACUGAGGGGCCCAGAAUUGGACACAGCACUCAAGGUGUGGCCUCACCAGUGCCGAGUACAGGGGGAGAAUGACCUCCCUGCUCCUGCUGGCCACCUAUUCCUGAUACAGGCCAGGACGCUGUUGGCCUUCUUGGCCAUCAGGGCACACUGCUGGCUCGUGUUCAGUCAACUGUCAACCAGUACCCCCAGGUCCCUUUCUGCCUGGAAUCAUGAUUUAAUUCAGAUGGAGCUUAUCUUAAGACACUAAAUCUAAGUGGUGCAUUAGUUCUCUGUUUCUUAUAAGUAAUAGAGUAUUUCAGUUCACAGCAAGGCAAUUUCUCUCUACCACAGUGCAGUCACCAAGUGGCAGCCACUGGCCUGUGCAGGAGGCAGGGGUUAGGAAUGAGUCAGUUCUCAGCCUCAAACCAGCUAAGGCAGCUGCAGGUCUGGGUGUGCCCUGGUGAGACUCUUGACCAAAGGGGUGUCUGUAGUGCAGUCAGUCUUAAAGGGUCUGCCUCAGGUGGUGAGUUGAGCUCUGUAACAGUGUCUGUUCCAUGGGUUCUCGAUGGUAAGGAUGGGGAUUGAAGCAGCAGCCACUCUGUGGUCACACACACUUGUCUGGUCUUUGAGGAGAGAGGCAGAUGCGCCCAUUCUUGCUCUCUUUAAAUGGAAUUGUGUGUGGAGCAAUGGGUUUGGCUUUCAAGACAAACUAGUGAAAAAUUAAGCCCUGGCUUCUAGGACUUUAUAUAAAGAUGCUAAUCCAGCUCAUCAUUGCAGACAUUCGCAGAAAACCAUAUUGGUUUCCUCUGCUGGGAAAACUACACUACUUUAUGAUGUCUAUGAAAACUAGAGAGAGCUUGUAAACUUAAACCUGUUGCAUUGCUUGCAUGUCCACAGAUCCAGUUGGCCAGAUAGGUUUCAUUCCAGAGUACUGAAGGAGCAAACAGGACAAACAGCAGGACCCCAAACGAUCAUCUACAAAAGAUCUGGGAGUCUGGAUAGGUCCCUGCUGACAGGAAAGUAGCCAGUAUUAUUCCGAUCUACAGAAAGGGCAUGAGGGAAGAACACAGGGAACUACAGACUGUGAGAGUCUGGGUUCCUUGAAAAAUUGUGAAUAUUACACUGGGCACUGUUGAAAGGAGUUUUAAAGAAUAAUGCAGCCAUCAGGCACAGGCAGCAUGGAUUCACAACACUGAAGUCCUGUCUAGCUAAUUUGAUACUUUUCUGUGAUAAGGUCACCCGCCUAGUGGGUGAAAAGAAGGCAGUGGAUGUAAUUUUUCUGCAUUUUAGUAAUGCUAUGGAUACUGUCCCUCACAGCAUCUAUCUGGACAAGCUGUUCAGCUGUGGGAUUUACAGGUUCAUGGUGUGCUGGGUCAAGAACUGAAGGGUAGAGCUCAGAGGUCUUACAGUGAAUGGGGCUACAUCUGGCUGGCACCUGGUCAGCAAUGUUGCUUGGGGCUCAGUUCCAGGGCCAGUUCUAUCCAAUGUAUUUAUCACUGAUCUGGAUACAGGAGUUGAACACACCAUUGGCAAGUUUACUGAUGAUACUAAACUUGGAGAUGCUGUUGGCAUAGGAGAUGCUUUGGAUAGGGAUCUGGAUAGACAGUGAACCUCCUUGCUCUCUGCAGUUCCCUGACUGCGAGGGAAGUGUAGAGGGAGGUGCUGAUCUCUUCUCCCUGGGAUCCACUGACAGGACACAUGGGAAUGGCUCAAAGAGGCACUAAGUGAGGUUCAGACUGGACAUUGGGAAGCAAUUCUUUACCAGGAGGGUGAUAAAGACACUGGAACAGGCUUGCUGGAAAGGUGGUGGAGGCCUCAAGCAUGUUUAAGAGGCAUUUGGAUAACAUGCUCAGUCCUGAAGUGGAUGGAGGCACCCCAGGCAGUUGGGAUGGAUGAUCACUAUAGGUCCCUUUCCACUGAAAUAUCUAUUUUCUUAUUCCUCCAUAUUUACUGCUGUUGUCUCAAGGUUAAAUGCAGUCCUGAGUAUUCGUGAUAGAAUAUGUCAGCUGUGAUUUUGGUUUUUUUUUUUCUGUGCUGCACAUCAUUUUCUUAAAAGGCAGUAACUGUCAGUAACUUUCACAUGUCCCCAUUCUGAUUACAAAGACAACCAAAACCAGCUCCUCCUUGCUCACAGGAUGCCUGCAGUGCAGGGAAUCACAGCACAGGCAUUUCAGCCAUACAAAGACUGUUGGGAUUUUGCAGGAACUGCAGAGUUUUGCAGUGAGUGGCUGAGAAGUACUUACUGUGUGACCCUUGGUCUUCUCUGGAGGAUUGUAUUUUGUAGUGACAGGGCACUACAAAAAGGCCUUCUAAGGCCUUUUUCUGAAACCUGAUGAGACCAGGAUGGAGAAAUGUAAUUUCAUUCCCCUCCCUGAACAUGGGAAUUUCUGUUCAAGUUCUGUGUGAGUCUAUUUUCAUGCUGUAAGUGACGAUAAAUGGUCCUGUGGUGUUGGUGUGGGAUCAGGAGACUGCUGUGACAAGAAAGGUAGGCAGACGUCUCCAUGAGGGCCUUGUAUCAACAUAUUCAUCCAAAUUCUCAUAUUUACACUGCUGCCUGGCUUCUACAUAACUUUAAUCAAAGAAAAAUUGGAUCUGUUGUGUAGCCUUUUGGUGUAAUUGACUGCCUAAGAUGGGCUUUGAAUGUUGAACCUGGCCUAGUCCUCUGGUUUGAGAGCAGCUUGUGGGUUUCAGCUUCUCUCAUGUUCAUGUUCUUUUGUCUUUAGGAGGGACAGUGGGGGACUGGAUAUUUCACAUCAAAAGAGAGGAAAUUAGAUGUUAGCUUUCUGUUAGUUUUUAAUUAUUAAAUGGUUUGGUGUUUUCCUUGUCACUGUAAAUGAAUCCCACCUGUCAUUCCACAUCCACCAGGCUUCUUGCACUUAGUUUCAUAGGUCAGUUUGUGGCACUGACACGUCAGUAUCUCAGUCCUUCCCCACGGCCUCAGGCUCUGCUUUCAGGAAGAGGAGCAAAUGCAAUGAGUCCUUCUUCAGUUUUCCUUUCCCCUCCCAAUGAACCUGUUGUGCUUAGCUGUCAGGUUGAUAAGGCUCACCUUACCUUGAUGUGCGCUUGGAGAGGGCAGUUUGAAAAAGGAGUUUCUGCAGAUGGAACGAUUCUACUUUUUAUGAAAACCAUUUGACAAGCGAACACAUUUUCUUCAGCAAGCAUCCAUGACACAAUGACAAAUUUCCUUUUUCUCCUGAGGACUACCCAGCAAUUAACAGUUCCUUUGUUUUUCAAGAUAUACUUGGAAAAGAUUUUGUGAGUUUAGCUGCCAUUUGUUAGGCUGAGAAUGGCAUUUUCUCUUCCAUACUACUUUCUUUGAAGGUUACUUACACAGGGCUUGUUUUGGCUUUGAAGGAAGGAAAAAUACCCAGUAUCACUUAAUUUAGAAAAAUCAGCAGUGGAAGGGAAAGGUUUGGGCACUAAUUCUGGGGUGGGACUGCCAUAGCUGAUAGGCAUUCUGUGGCUGUGGGUUUCAGCUUGGCCUAAAUGACUUCAACAAACAACAGUAAAUAAUAUUGGGCUGGAUUGCGUGUAUGUCCACAUUAAUCCCUUAAACAGCCUAGGAGAGUAAGAGCAGAGAUAGACUAAUUUGAAAGCAUGCAAUACAAUAGUAAUGUGUUAAUAUUUAUACACUUUUUUCUUGAGAGAAAGGACCUCAUUUAGGAACAGUUAAAUAAGACAAGAACUGAAGUGAUUUGAGCUGGGGGCUGGAAUGGAUUUUCCAGCUCAGAUUACCAGCUUAUCACUGUGCUGCUUCCCAGGUGGAAGAGCACCUCCCUGAAAAAAAAGUAAAAGCAGGUGCUAGUCCUGAGCCACCGGAACUUUGCACAGAUUUCCUACUGCACUUUAAAGCUGUGCUGCUGCUGCUACUGUGGUUGGUGUCUGUAGUGCUGUUGCAGGAAACAAGUCAUGUGGCAGGGCAACUUGCAGAGGCCAUGGCUGGAGAAGAGGGGCCAUUUAAUUAUUUCUGGGCUCCUGUUGUCUUUUCACCUUUUCUGAGGCACUUGUGCAGUCCUGGCUCAAGGACUCAGUCAGACUCCCACUGUUCCUGGAUGACUGAGUGUUCUGAGAGCUGUCAUCUUUUGCUGUUCCCCUAGUAAGUUUCAUACUCAUCACUUUAAUUAUGAUCCUACUUCCCCUGGCAAGACAGAGUAGCAUUGAAUCUGUUUGUGCCAGAUCAGUCAUAUUUGUUUUGUUGUCUGAUACAGUGCUAUAAGGAGAUCCAUCCUUUGCUGUCACCUGACCUGUUAGCACCUCCUGGUGUUCCCUUCUCCCACUGCCAUGAUCCAGCAUGGGUAGCAGACACAGGUUUGUGUGAGGGUGUUUUCAAUUUCCUACUGCCUCUGCAAUCCAUAAAUUGGAAACCUCAGAGCACAAGGCCUUAUUCCCACUAAGAGAAGGUUCCUCCAUGAACUGGUGGAAGAUUUAGCAGAUUACAAAUUCAUACUCUCUGCGAGCAAGCCCUGCUUAGUUACACAGAUACCAUUUAUUAUUUGCUGAUACCAGUUCUUCUGAGAUAAUUUUUUUAAGGCUUUUUUUUUCUGCCUCACCAGAAGUAUCUUUAUGCGGAGGUUUCCAAUUUUACAAUAUGUGCUGCUGUUCUGGCAAUCACAAGUGUGAAACAAUAGAGCUCGCGGGGGGUUGGACCCUGUUCCUGCCUGCUCACUCUGAGAAGGGAAGCAAGUAUGGAUUUUGCCACAGGAGAUUAAUCAAAGAUGCUGUUGCCCUCCACAAUGUAAAUUAUUUAUAUUCAGUCCAGAGUAUUCUGCUGUGCUUCUGUUUUAUACAGCUGUAAAUUACUUGGAUACGGUCCCAGUGGAAAGUCCUUACUAUUUUGUAAUGGAAAAUAGGAACUCUGCAGUAGAAAUCUAUAAUGAAUGAACAGGAACAUCAUCUUCCAAUUGUAAAUAAGAUCUUGCUCUGUUUAUUUUGACAUCUUUUUACAAAUGUGUUGCAUUCAGGUGUAAAUAUCCCAAACCAUGAUCUUGUUCAGAGUUCUGAGAUUUCUAUUGUUAAAUGUAAUACUUUGUUUAAUAGUUGUAAUAAUUAUUUGUAUAGAUAUGAACAUGAUAGUAUUUUAUUAAAAAAAGAGAAAAACA